UUAUAGAUAUAUAUAGUUAAGGUUAAAACUUUAAGCAGCAGAGCAGCCAGUAUUAUUUACGAGUGACUGUUGAGUUGAGGUUGGGUGUCAAGCGUCGUUCAGAGCGGUGCUGCCGCACUGCAGUCGUGCUUAAACCGAUUGGAUUUUUAGGCAUCAAGCGAAGAAAUCGUUUGUGGUGUUGUUUGAUUUCUUGGCUUGCGCACAAUAACUCAGCGACAUCUGCGAUGCUCAGCUCGAAGAUCGUCCUCAGUGGACUGCAUAUUUCGCGCCGGUUCGCUUCGAACAAGGUUGCCGUGGUGCUGUCUGGGUCCGGAGUCUACGAUGGUAGCGAGAUUCACGAAGCAUCGGCAUGUCUCGUACAGUUAACGAGAGCGGGUUUGGAGCCGAUCUGCUUUGCACCGGACAAGUCACAAAUGCACACCGUCGAUCACUCUAAAGGAGAGCCUUCUGACCAACAAAGAAAUGUCCUGGCGGAAUCUGCAAGGAUCGCACGCGGCAAAAUUCAGCCUUUGUCAGAUUUAAAACCUCAAAACGUCGAUGCUAUCGUCUUCCCUGGAGGAUUUGGAGUUGCGAAAAACUUAAGCACAUUUGCGACGGAGGGGGCAAAUUGUUCUGUGGAUCCUCUCGUCGAAAAAACUAUUAAGGCUUUCCAGUCGGCCGGAAAACCGCUUGCAUUCUGCUGUAUCGCCCCUGUGCUAGCUGCCAAAGUUAUCCCAGGAGUAAAGAUUACUCUUGGGAUGGAUAAAGACGACGGCUCAGGCAAAUGGCCAUACUGUGGUGCCGCGCAAGCAGCUGAAUCUUGGGGGGCAAAACAUACGAACUGCCGCGUCGAUGAGGUUUGCGUCGAUGAACAGAAUAAGGUUGUAAGUACACCGGCUUUCAUGUUUGAGACGAACCAGUUUCACCUGAUCCAUGACGGAGUCGGAAAGAUGAUCGCCUCACUGAAGAAACUGAUCAAAUGAUAAAGGUCCAAUGAUGAAAGACUUAUUACAAAUGAAGAUGCAUUUCGUUUAUUCAGAUUGCUGAUGCUAAGAAAAUUUCUUUGAAAAUUAUAUGAAUUUUAGUUCUUCCGUAUGUCGUAGAAUGCACUGUUUUAUCAUAUGGUAAAUCAAUGAAUAAAGAGUACACAUUCAUCUAGUAUUAU